AUGGUACCGCGUGAAAGAAGUAAUAAAAACAGCGACACCCACAAGCAUCAUGAUCAAUCAAAUAUUGAGGAGCAACAGCAGCAACAGCAGCAACAGCAGCAACAGCAGCAACAGCAGCAGCACAACACAAUUCUUUCAGAGGAGAAAGAUUCAGAACAAUCACCAGAGCAAUACUUAUUAGGAUCGCGACAGGUUACAAUUGAGGACGCCAAUGAUCAGCAAAAUGAGUUGCGAGAGUUGGAGCAAAAAGUGGAGAUGUCGGUAGUAGUUCCUAGUCAUCUUGAAGAAGCGGCUGGGUUGCAGUCUGAGUCGGGUGAAACAUCGUCUCCGACAUCUUUAAGGUCCAAGCGAAUGUCUCGACAAUCCAAGACGUUGAGUGGGCUGCACGGAACCCGGAUUCAAAAAGAAGGUAGAGGAGUAGCGGAGGGUUUAUCAAAGAGGAAAAGGCCAAGAACGAUUUAUGAGCAUCUUUCGUAUGAUCAGAUACAAGAAAAGGGAAUGAUUGGGGAGUUUAGCAUUAGUGGGGGGACUCAGCUUAGAUCACCACCAUCCAGUAGUUCAACAACGUCUUUGAGCGGACAGCAAGUGAGCCAUGUUUCACAGCUUCCACAGUUUCAGAAUCCGGCCAUACCGUCGAGUAAAUUUCAAAGCACCUAUUACUUACAGCAGCAGCAGCAGCAGCAGCCUGAGCAACAAAUAUCACCGGAGACGGUAAGUAGUCAGCACCCGCAUACACCACAGCAAGGCUCAGGGGCUUUCCGAGGGGAGUCCUCUAGUUUGCAACAGCAUUCGUCACAACAGGAACAACAACAACAAAAUUUGUCAACAGUUUCUUACGGGCAAGGCAAAAACAUGUUUCAGUCACAACCGGAGUUGGAUCAAAGUUUAAUAUCGCCCCAACAACAACAACAGCAGCAGCAGCAGCAGCAGCAGCAGCCGCAAGCACCAUAUGCGCAGCCACCACUUCUAUUACCACUCUCACAACUAAGACAGCAACCAUCAAUCCAACAGUAUCCUCAACAAGGAUACUCGUACCAACUCAUGAUUCCUCGGCUGCCGUAUCAAGUUGGGACGACAGUACCGUAUUUUGGGUUAUCAUCUGUGCCGUUUGCACAUUUCCCUCCAGGGACACAGUAUGCGUACUUCCCAUCACCUGAGCAGUUACGACAGCCGCGACUAAGAGAGCGCAGUUUGUUUGAAGGUCGCGCGCACUCGACUCCGCGGCGCAAGGGUAAGGGUGUUUCACGAGGAUCGAGUCGGUCUCCUGCUGGGGGGUCCAAGGGCAAGUCUCGGAGCAGGACAUUGCCAAUUGAAGGCAUGGUAAAUCUUGGCAAAUAUAAUGAGUGGGGGAAUGAGAAUGUGGAUGCAUUUACCAAAGGUCCAAUGCAAGGGACAUUUUUUACACCAACAAUUACGGCUCCACUUCCACCAUCAUUGCGGCCGCCGGCACCACCUUUAUUUCAGCAGCAAUUGCCUCAGUCGGUGCUUCCACCACCACCACAUCCUCCUCCGCAUCCAUCUUCUGCUGCACCGAUAAGUGGUGCUUUACCAGUGCAGCCACCACCACCACUACCACCACCGCUACAAUCGUCAUCAUCAUCAUCAUCAUCAUCAUUAUCAUCGAGCAUAGUGUUCACCAAGAAUCUCGAAGACGAAUCGCAGUCUAUUAAGCUUGGAUCACCAUUGCAAAUUCAACAACAACAACAACAACAACAACAACAAGAGGAAGAAGAAAAAAAGAGGAAAACAACCCCGGAGACAUUUCAAACUCGAGAUGGAUUAGGGGAUGUUCCAAAACAACAACAGCAACAGCAAGUGACACCAACUACAACUUCACAAUUGCCAAGUGUGUCUCCAAUGUCAAGACAAGAUACCCAUCAGGUUCCAAUAAUCCAAGAAUCUGUUCAAUCAGUUAUUGUUUCUCAGCAGCAGCAGCAGCAGCAGCAGCCACAAUCUGUAGUUGAGCCAAAUCAGCCAAAUCAGUCAAGUUAUAUGGUUGCAGUUUCAGAAGAUAUUCCCUCAGUUUUACCCAAUGCAGCAGCUCCGGCAAGCCAAAUGUUGGGGUCUCCAUUAGUUCCAGUUGGAAGAGGAGUUUAUGGAGGACAAUCUGAUACAGUAGUUGUUCCCAUUCCACAGGGAAUUGGGAUUCCAGGGUCGUUUCCAGUUGUUCAAAUGCCGGUGACUCUGGCCAUGGCCAUGAGCAUGGCACCAGCAGCUGCAUCUAUUGCUGGCACGAUAUCAGCAUCACAGCAGCAGCAACAUCAGCAACAUCAGCAACAUCAGCAGAAGUCAUCACAGCAGACAACAAUUAGGUCAGUAGGUAUGGGAGAAGCGGUUUCUGGUUUUGGUAUUCCUAUGAGACUUGAAGGUGGAUUUCAACAACCGCAACAACCGCAAGCAGUAGUUGAAAGUGGAUCUAGUUAUUCUUAUGAAGGGCAAUAUGGGUAUCCUCAAUAUUUUUAUCCAUACCAGUAUUCUAAUUCUUAUCCUUAUCCAUAUACAUAUCAACAGUAUCAACAGUAUCAAUACCCAAUAGUUCAAGCGACACAACAGGCAUUACAGUCACAACAACAACAACAACAACAACAAAAACAACAACAUUAUAAUUAUCAGUCACAUACGACAGCAUAUGAACAAUAUGGGACAGGGCUAGUUCAAUUGCAAGAUACGUCAUUGCAGCUAACAGCUGAGCAAAUUCGAUUCCAGCAACAGCAACAGCAACAGCAGCAGUAUCAGCAAGACCAAGGGGGACCUCGAAUACAAGAGCAACAGCUGGCACCACAGAGUGAAGGAACAGGUGGGCAAUUAAUGGAACCAUCACAUCCUGGUUAUUUAGAUGAGCCUGAGCCGCAAUGA